AUGUGGGCCCCAGUAGCGGGGCUUCCCGCACGGCUGACCUUUUCAGUCUUUACCGGUGCUGGUCGCUUUUAUGUUUUGGGGUCCGGAAUGGCGACGCGGAACGACUUACUGGAGGUCCCUCACAGAGGCUUGUCUGACUCUCGCCCGCUGCCGUUGCCUUGCCCUGAUAUCGAGGAAUCAUCUUCGUGGGUGUCUAAGUGUCGUUUAGACCACAAGCGUUAUGUAACCAAUCGGAGAUUGGCUGAGAGCUUGGCGCAGAUCCUGCAAAGGAAACAAAAAACUCCCCAGCUAGUCCUGGAGUGCAAUCCUGGUCCUGGAAUCCUGACCCAAGCAUUACUUAAAACUGGUGCCAGAGUGGUUGCCCUUGAAAGUGACAAAACUUUUAUUCCACAUUUGGAGUCCCUAGGAAAAAAUCUGGAUGGACAACUAGAUGUGGUCCACUGUGACUUCUUUAAAUUGGAUCCUAGAAAUGGUACUCUAGUACGACCACCUAUUAUGAUUUCACAGAUGCUUUUUCAGAAUUUGGGGAUACAAGCACUUCCUUGGUCAGCAGGUAUCCCUUUAAAAGUAAUUGGAAUCUUUCCAAUCAAAAGUGAAAAAAAGGCACUGUGGAAACUUAUAUAUGACCUAUAUUCCUGUACUUCUAUAUAUAGAUAUGGACGAGUAGAAUUAAAUAUGUUUAUUACUGAAAAGGAAUAUCAGAAACUAAUGGCAAAACCCAAAAAUACAAACUUGUAUCAAGCAUUAAGUGUCCUAUGGCAAGUAGCUUGUGACAUUAAACUUCUGCGCAUGGAACCUUGGUCAUCAUUUGAUUUCUAUACCCAAAAUGGGCAGCUGGAAAAAACAAAGACAAAGCACAGGGAGUUAUCAGAACUCAUACAACAGAACCUGUAUUUUAUUCGAAUGACUCCUCGUAGAAAGUUAUUUACAGAAAACUUAACACCUAUUAACUUUGAUAUAUUUUUUCAAAUGUUAAAGCAAUGUUUUGGGAAGCGCAAUGCCAAGCUAGCAGACCAUUUACAUUCAUUAAGUCCAGUUGAUGCAAAGGAUAUAUUGAUGCAAAUAAGAAAACAUGAAAAUAUGAAAAUAAGUAAUAUGUGCCCCGAGGACUUUAAACGUCUUUUUGAAACUAUAGAGUGUUCCAAAGAUUAUACCUAUAAAUGGCUGUGUGAUGAUAGCAUAUAA